GCGAUGUGACGUCACAACGAUCGUUGCCAUUCCCGUGAGCGCGGGCACGCCGCGCGCCGCAGCUCGCUCACGAACCUUCUUUUAACCGAAGAAAACUAUGUUUUCAUUUAUGAAUUUGGCUAAAUGUAUUGUAUGUAUUUUUGUAGAGCUGUUAGGAGUUGUGUGAACGUAGAUCCCGCGUCUCGCUCGUGACUGACGGUGAGUUUGGCCGCUUUAAUCAGUCUGUCAGAUGGAGUUGUUCUGUCACGAGCAUGUCGAACCGGACUCGAGUUCCAGACCGGUUCGCGCGUUCAGAGACGCGGUUCUGACCCGAGACUCGCGCGUCUGUCGGAACCUGCUGAGCUCGGAGAGACCGAGCAUUAAACCCGGUACCGAGCCGACCGACGAGCAGCGCUACGUGCGCCCGAUCCUGACCGGAUGGAUGCUGCAGGUGUGUGAGGAUCAGAAGUGUGAGGAGGAGGUGUUUCCUCUGGCCGUUCAUUACCUGGACAGGUACAUAUCCCAGAAUGCCGUGCACAGGUGCCGUCUUCAGCUGCUGGGGUGCGUCUGCAUGUUCCUGGCCUCCAAACUCAGGGAAUCGGUUCCUCUGAGCGCCGCCAAGCUGUGCGUCUACACGGACCACGCCGUCUCCGUCCCAGAGAUCGUGCAGUGGGAGGUGCUGCUGGUGUCGCGUCUGGACUGGGAUCUGGCCGCGGUUCUGCCGUCGGAUUUCUUGGAGCCGCUGCUGCAGACGCUGCCCCUGAGCGCCGGGGACACGGCUUCGGUCCGGAGACACGCGCUCUCCUACAUCGCUCUGAGCUCCACAGAGCUGAAGUUCUCGGUCUUCGCUCCGUCUGCGGUGGCCUGCUCGUGUGUGACGGCGGCUGUGAUCAGACUGGACGUCCUAAAGAACCAAUACAGCCCCGACGGCCUGCUGCAGCGGCUGAGGGACGUGCUGGACACGGACAUGGUGUCGCUGCGCUCCUGUCUCUCGUCGCUGGAGGACACCAUCAGUCAGAUGCUGCCGCCUCCACCCGAGCAGGACCUCCCGCUCUGACAGGUGGACGCAUCGAACCCUCGCACAUCUGUUGCUCAAGCCAAUGGAUUCUAGUGUUUUCCCUCUUGUUGUUGACGGUUCCGGUACAUUUGCGUUUGUUGGCGAUGUUCGCAUUAGUUUUAAUGUCGCAGAUGUUCUGCACCCAAGCAAAUAUUUGCAUUGUCAGGAAACCUUCGCGUGAUUUUACACAACAUUUAUUUCAUGCUGCCUUUAGACUUGAAUGUAUGUUAUUGAUAUACUCUUUUUUUAACUUUAAAGACAUGUGUGUGUGAAAAUAAACAGCAUUGAUGUGGACGGUGAA